GUAACAUUCAACGCGGCUUUCAGUUUGGAUUCAAUGUUCUGUUGAAAAUAAUUGCAGCUCAAUUCUUCCAUACGGGCAUUAGCCAAAAUAGGAAGGAAGAAUUCAAAUAAAAUUCGCAUCAUAUUUUGGACCAGAGUUCAAAGAGUGGUCUUUUUCCGUUCCUUUGUAUCUUUACUUGCAAGAUUACUACUUUUUAAUAAGAGGGACGAAAUAAUGAGCUAAGCAAAGUAGACUAUUUUGAAUGAACUGAAACGUUUAUGGUUAGGAAGCAGGUGGAAAGAGGGGAAUUGGGCGAUUAAUGGCAAGUGUAACUACAGAGGACCUUGGAGUUGACGAUAUAUAUGAGGAGCAGAUUACUAAGAAGGAUAGUAUUGGUGCCUUAGGGAGGGAAGAAGUAGAGAAAGAGAAGGAUCAAAUGAAUCGGUCUACAUCUCGUCCUCAGCUUGACCUUAGUGGAGCUGCAAUUCAGGGGAAUUUUGAGGAAAGGGAUCCUACAAUUCUGUUGCCUAACCAGUCAGAUGAUAUAUUCCAUUUAGCUUUGGACAUUGGAGGUUCUCUUAUCAAGCUGGUGUACUUUUCAAGACACGAGGGUUGUCAAGUGGAUGACAAGAGAAAGAGGAAAGUCAAGGAGAGGUUUGGUGUUUCUAAUGGUAACAGAAGGACCUAUCCCAUCCUUGGAGGAAGGCUUCAUUUCGUGAAAUUUGAGACAUCAAAGAUUAAUGAGUGCAUGGAUUUUAUCUCUUCCAAACAGCUACAUUGUGGUGGGUUGGAUACUCCCCGUUGGCGUUCAGAGGCUCCUCACAAUGAGAAUACAAUAAUCAAGGCUACAGGUGGCGGGGCAUACAAGUUUGCUGAUCUUUUCAAGGAAAGGCUUGGAGUGAGCAUAGAAAAAGAAGAUGAAAUGAAUUGCCUUGUAGCUGGAGCGAACUUCCUACUCAAGGCUAUUCGUCAUGAAGCGUUUACACAUAUGGAAGGUCAUAAAGAGUUUGUGCAGAUAGAUCAGAAUGAUUUGUUUCCCUAUCUUCUCGUCAAUAUUGGUUCUGGUGUUAGUAUGAUCAAGGUUGAUGGGGAAGGGAAGUUUCAGAGGGUCAGUGGAACAAAUGUUGGUGGUGGCACAUAUUGGGGAUUGGGAAGACUAUUAACAAAGUGCAAGAGUUUUGAUGAAUUGCUGGAGCUGAGUCAGCGUGGAGACAACAGAACCAUAGAUAUGCUUGUUGGUGAUAUCUAUGGUGGAAUGGAUUACUCAAAGAUCGGUCUGUCAGCUUCAACAAUUGCUUCAAGUUUUGGCAAAGCCAUUUCAGAAAACAAGGAGCUUGAAGAUUACAGACCUGAAGAUAUAUCUUUGUCUCUCUUGCGUAUGAUUUCAUAUAAUAUUGGCCAGAUAUCUUAUUUGAAUGCCCUGCGUUAUGGUCUCAAGCGAAUAUUUUUUGGAGGUUUUUUUAUACGUGGUCAUGCAUACACUAUGGACACAAUUUCGUUUGCGGUUCAUUUCUGGUCCAAGGGUGAUGCUAAAGCUAUGUUUUUACGACAUGAAGGCUUUCUGGGUGCUUUAGGUGCAUUUAUGAGCUAUGAAAAACAUGGUUUGGAUGACCUAAUGGUCCACCAGUUGGUUGAAAGGUUCCCAAUGGGUGCACCGUAUCUGGGGGGGAAUAUUCAUGGUCCACCACUAGGGGAUUUGAAUGAGAAGAUAUCGUGGAUGGAAAAAUUUGUUCAGAAGGGAACUGAAAUUAUUGCUCCUGUUCCGAUGGCUCCACCAGGAACUACAGGGCUUGGAGGCUUUGAAGCUCCAUCAUCUAAAGGAGCUCUUCGCCCUGAUGCGAGCGAAUUAAAUGUUGGUGUCCUUCAUCUUGUCCCAACCUUGGAGGUUUUUCCAAUCUUGGCUGACCCAAAAAUAUAUGAGCCUAACACUGUAGACCUCUCGGAUCGCAGUGAGCUAGAGUACUGGUUGACUGUAUUAUCUGAACAUCUGCCAGACCUCGUUGAUAAGGCAGUGGCAAGUGAGGGUGGCACUGAAGAUUCCAAAAGAAGGGGCGAUGCAUUUGCACGUGCUUUUUCCGCACAUUUGGCAAGGUUGAUGGAGGAGCCUUCUGCAUAUGGUAAGCUAGGACUGGCCAACCUUUUGGAAUUGCGAGAAGAGUGCCUGAGAGAGUUUCAUUUCUUCGAUGCCUACAGAAGCAUUAAACAAAGGGAGAAUGAAGCAUCACUUGCCGUUUUACCUGAUCUUCUGAUGGAGCUUGACAGCAUGAGUGAGGAAACCAGACUACUUACCCUAAUUGAAGGUGUGCUUGCUGCAAACAUCUUUGAUUGGGGAUCACGUGCUUGUGUUGAUCUUUAUCACAAAGGAACAAUCAUUGAAAUAUAUAGAAUGAGCCGCAACAAGAUGCAGAGACCAUGGCGGGUGGAUGAUUUUGAUGCUUUCAAGGAGAGAAUGUUAGGGUGUGGAGAGAAGAAACUGCCACAGCCUCCUCAUAAAAGGGCUUUGCUUUUUGUGGACAACUCAGGUGCUGAUAUUGUUCUCGGAAUGCUUCCACUUGCACGAGAACUUCUUAGGCGUGGAACUGAAGUUGUGCUGGUAGCGAACUCACUCCCUGCAUUAAAUGAUGUUACUGCUAUGGAGUUACCUGAUAUUGUUGCUGAAGCUGCCAAGCAUUGUGGAAUUUUGAGAGGAGCUGCAGAAGCAGGUGGGCUUCUUGUGGAUGCAAUGAUUAACAGCCAAGACGAUGAUGAUGAUGAUGGGCGCAAAGGAGAAGGAGGCAGCCGUCCUUUGUCAGUACCUUUAAUGGUUGUUGAGAAUGGAUGUGGGAGUCCAUGUAUAGACUUGAGACAGGUUAGCUCUGAGUUGGCUGCUGCUGCCAAGGAUGCUGAUUUGAUAAUUUUGGAAGGAAUGGGACGAGCUUUGCAUACCAACUUUAAUGCCAAGUUCAAAUGUGAUGCUCUAAAGCUCGCCAUGGUGAAGAAUCAGCGACUAGCAGAGAGGUUGAUCAACGGCAAAAUUUAUGAUUGUGUUUGCAGAUAUGAACCUGCAGCUUAGCUCAGCUUGCUCGUCCUAAUCAAUCUUAGAUUUGGGUGUACUAUAUGUGUUCGUAUGUUGAAAACUAUUCAGACAAUGUGUUAGUUGUGACAUUUAAUUUUUAAUAUAUCUUAUUGAGUCAUGAAUAAAAAUAAGAAUAUAGUGUUAAUUGGGUUGGAUCAGAUUUCAAGGAUAGGUUUGAUCAAUUUGACUCAAAUAGAUUCAUACCUUUAUGAGCCAAAAAUGAAACACACUUGCAUAAGAG